AUGUUCCUUUGUGAUGCUGGAUUUCUUGAAAAGAAGCCCAACGCUCUUGGCAUUACUGGAAAGGAGUUGGUCAUCAACCUCGCGCAAUCUAGUAUUAGUCUGUUAAACCGACAUCUGGAGACAGCCAGACCGUUACAGAUAUCACCAUUAAUGUCUUGGUUUGCUCUUCGGUGCCAGCAGUGUUCUGAUAUAGUUUACUUCGACCCUAACUCUGAGGAGAGACGGGCUCUCGAAACCCGCCUUUGCCCGUACCUGCAGAAUUUGGAAGAUGAGAUGGAAAGUCUCCAGAGAUCAGUUAACAUGCGACCUGCAAGGGCUGAGAAUCAUCGAAUGGACCCUGCUUGCAAUAGCCAUCAGAUUUUGGAAGAGUUGGAAGUGCAACCGGAAAACUCCAUCAUUGCUACAGCGAAGCCUAUUCCUGCUAUUUCCACUUUUCAAUCACUGCCCGGGUUCACACUUGCAGACAACGCGGGAUUCGAUGCUCUGUUCGAGGAGAUGGUCACCUCCAUUCCGAUUAACAGGGAACAACCCCUUUUCGCUCAAAAUUUAGGCUUCUAUACUGGAAAUCUGGAUAAAGACUUCUUGGAGGCACUUCAACAACCAUCGGAAGGUUGA